AUGAAGGCUUUUGUGUAUAAGUUUUCUGCUAUCCAUAUCCCAACCAAGGUUGCUGAAGUAUUAAGAGAUCCUAAGUGGGUUCAAGCUAUAAAGGAAGAGAUGAAAGCUCUUGAGGAAACUCAGACUUGGACAUUGGAAACUUUACCACAAAGAAAAAAGAUCGUUGAAGGUAGAUGGGUGUUUACUAUAGAGAAACCUUUGCUCCAGUAG